GAAGACGAGAGAGCACGUGGUGGGAAGCCCAAUUUAUGAAGGAAUGCCAAUCGGGAGAGGAAACAUGGAAGCCGCAGCCCACAUAUAGAUUAAAUAAACAAUCAAAGGCGCUCAAGUGCUUAAAAAGAGCAGGAGAAGAAAAUAUCGGAGGGGGAUUCAGCAUUGCUUUGACAAAGGCUACAAAUGUUUGGGAUUUGAAGAAAGCUUCAGCUUGUCUGAACAGCAAGCCAUAGAAUGAACUUAAACCUCGGAAUGGAGAAUAGGUACUCGACAGUGUGCCUGAGAGAAAAUCUACCGGUAAACAUGGCUACAACUAUGGUGAAAUCUCAGUUGAAAAGAUGGCCGAAGCUUUGGUGGGUGGAGCUUUUCUCUCGGCUUCCCUUCAAGUGUUGUUUGAUCGUUUGGCUUCUCGGGAGUUCAUAAGCUUCUUUUCCAAACAGAGACUUGAUGAUGGACUCGUAGAGAAGCUGAAGAGAACCUUACUGGCGCUUCAAGCAGUGAUGGAUAAUGCGGAGGUCAAGCAAAUUACAAACAAGCACGUGAAAGCUUGGCUCGAUGAUCUCCAACAUGUUGUCUACCAAGCUGAGGACUUGCUGGAGGAGAUCUCUACCAAGGCCUUGAGGAACAAGUUGGAAGCCGAUUAUGUUGAGUCCCAAAUCCAAGGCAGCACAACUCAGGUUGGUUUCAGCCGAUUUUUCGGUCCAAUCAGGAAAUCUCUGUUACACAUUAAUCAUUCUAUCUCGACUUCUGUUUAUCUGUCUGAUGAAGAGAUUGAGAUCAGAAUGAGAAGGGUCAUCACUGAGUUGGAAGGGUUUGUCGAGCAAAAAAAUUCUCUUAAUUUGACAGAGAAUUUUGAAAGGAAACAGUGGCAAAGACAAGAAACUUCUGUUGCAGAUGAAUAUUAUGAUAUCUAUGGGAGGAAUAGCGACAAAGAGAAGAUAAUGGAAUUUUUGUUGUCUGACAAUGCGACUGAGAAUGAGAUCCCUGUGAUCCCCAUUGUAGGAAUGGCUGGGAUGGGCAAGACAACCGUUGCCCGUUUUGUUUUUAAUGAUGCUAAAGUAAAAGAGGAAUUUCAUAUGAAAUCAUGGGUUUGUGUUUCCAAUCCAUUUGAUGUUUGUAUGAUAACAAAGAAAAUUCUUGAUGAUGUCACGGCAUCAAAGAAUGACAACUGCCUUGAUCAACUUCAAAUCAAGCUGAAAGAUAGCCUAACUGGAAAGAAAUUUCUAAUUGUCUUAGAUGAUGUUUGGGAUCACAAUUACAGUGACUGGGAGUGCUUAAAAAGACCUUUCACUGCUGGGGUACAAGAAAGUAGGAUUAUCGUAACGACACGCAAUGACAAGGUUGCAAAAGCAAUAGGCACCAUUUCUAGUCAUCACUUGCAGCAAUUAACGUUUGAAGAUUGUUGGUCAAUAUUUGCAAAGCUUGCAUUUCGAAGUGGAUAUUAUAUGGCUCAUUCAAACCUGGAUAAGAUUGGCAAACAAAUUGUGGAGAAGUGUAAAGGCUUACCAUUAGCGGUAAAAUCGCUUGGAAGUCUCUUAAAAUGUACUGUGGAUGUUAAGGACUGGGAAGAUGUAUUAAACAGCGAGAUAUGGGAAUUGAAGGGCGACAUUUAUCCAGCCCUAUAUUUGAGCUAUCAUUAUCUCCCUUCACAUUUAAAGCGAUGCUUUGCAUAUUGUUCGAAAUUUCCUAAAGAUUACAAAUUUGAGAAGGAAAAGUUAGUCCAGUUAUGGAUUGCCGAAGAUCUUGUGCAACAGCCCAAAUGCAAUAAAUUAGUGGAAGACGAAGGUAUCUACUACUUUCGUGAACUGCUUUCAAGGUCUUUCUUUCAAAGAUUAAGCGAGAGCAAUUCCUAUUUUGUAAUGCAUGACCUAGUCCAUGAUUUGGCUCAACAUAUAUCUGAAAAGUUUUGUUUUAUGUUAAGUGAUGACAAGCCACUUGAUCGUAUCGGUGAAAAAGUUUGUCAUUUCUCGUAUGUUCAGGGCAAAUAUGAUACAUUUGAGAAAUUCAAGGUUGUUAAUGAGGUUAAGUCUUUACGAACUUUCAUGUCAUUUUCAAAAGUUGGACGGCAAUCUUUAUUGGGCAAUAAGGUAUUACAUGAUAUGUUACCAAGCCUGAGAUGCUUAAGGGUGCUAUCUUUGUCUCGAUAUAAGAUUUCUGAAUUGGCCCAGUCAAUCGAGAAUUUGAUAUUUUUACGCUAUUUUGAUCUAUCUUGGACAAACAUCAGACGGUUACCUGGUUCAGUAACAACCUUCUGCAAUUUACAGACAUUAGAUUUGUCAAUGUGUAAAUAUCUUGUUGAAUUACCCAUGAAUAUUGGAAAGCUGGUGAACUUGCGCCAUCUUGAUGUUGGAGGAACUGCAUUAACUGAAAUGCCAAUGCAAAUCAGUAAACUCAGAAAUCUCCAACAUUUAGAAUAUUUUGUAAUUGGAAAAAAUAAUGGGUCAAGGAUUAAUGGGUUGAAGGAACUUUGUCAACUUCGAGGGCAACUCCACAUUUCAGGGCUUCAAAAUGUAGCCGAUGGUCCAGAGGCAUCAAAGGCCAAUCUGAAGGACAAGAAGCAUGUUGAAGGGUUAGUACUUGAAUGGGGUGGUGAUACUAAUGAUUCACAUAAGGAAAGAGACGUACUUGAUAAGUUACAGCCGCAUGCAGGGUUGAAGGAUCUCAGCAUCGUUGACUAUGGAGGCACAAGAUUUCCGCAAUGGUUAGGGGAAUCUCAUUCAUUUCCUAACUUGGUGUCCUUAAGUCUUAUAAGCUGUUCAAAUUGCUAUUCCUUGCCGUCGAUUGGGCAGCUGCCCUCUCUAAAAGAUCUAAGAAUUAAAGGGUUGAAGGAAAUAACAGAGGUGGGUCAAGAGUUCUAUGGGGAUACUUCUUCUCCAAUCAAACCAUUUCAAUCUCUUGAGACACUGAGGUUUGAAGAAAUGUUAGAGUGGGAAGAAUGGCAUGCAUCAGGGGCUGGAGAGUUCUCUUGCCUUUUAGAGCUUUCUUUGGUGGAUUGUCCCUCGCUGACCUGUGAAUUACCCAACCAUGUCCCUUCCCUGAGGAAAAUUAAAAUUUUUGGAUGCCAACGGCUUAUGCCAAAUCAAGUUGGGCAAUUGCUGCGACAAUCGCCACCUCUUCAGGAAUGGGAGAUUUCAGGUAUGUUAAACUUGACGGAAUUGCCAAUGGAACAAAUAAACCUAGGUUCUCUUCAAGAAUUGACAAUUUCAAAAAUGCCAAACUUGAAGGAAUUGCCGCCGGAAUUGUGCAGAUUAAUAAAACUUGAAAGGUUGGAGAUAGAGGAAUGUGGGAGACUUGUGUCAUUUCCGGAUAUGGGAUUGCCGCCGAUGCUUAAGAGACUGAUAAUUAGAGGAUGUAAUGCUCUACAGUCCCUACCACUACCAGAGGGGAUGAAUAUGAUGCCCAUUGGUGGUCUACCUCCUGCUACAUUGAAAACAGUGGACAUUUGGAACUGUAGGAAUUUAGAGUUUCCCAAGCAUUACCACAUAUCCAUUGAAGCUUUGGUGAUAUGCAGCUGUGAUCUUCUCAAUUCGUUGUCACUAGGUUUCUUUCCAAAGCUUCGCUUUCUGGCGAUCACAGGGUGUAUAAACUUUGAAACGUUUUCAAUUCCCCACGACGAGCUUCAAAAUCUGAUGGAGUUGAAGAUAAAAGAUUGCCCUAAAAUGGUAUCAUUUCCCCAUGGAGAUGGAGUAUUGUCCACUCCCAAUCUGACCUCGUUUUUGAUUUGGAAAUGUGAGAAUCUAAAGCAGCUGCCGCAACGAAUGCACACCUUCCUCCCAUCUCUUCGUUUACUGAUCACCAGUGACUGUCCAGAAGUUGAAUCAUUUCUAGACGGAGGUUUACCAUCCAACCUACGUGAACUUUGGAUCUUUAAUUGCGAGAAACUGGUGAAGGGCCGGAUGGGAUGGGGUUUGCAAACACUCCCAUCUCUUGUAGAUUUCAAAAUCAGGGGUGAACAAGUGUUAGAGUCAUUUCCAGAGGAAGGGCUACUGCCCACCACUCUUACCUCUCUUUCAAUCUUUAACCUUCCAAAUCUGAAAUCAUUGGACCACAAGGGCCUUCAACACCUUACCUCUCUUACAGAUAUACGCAUCUGGAACUGCCCUAAGCUCCAGUCCUUGCCAGAAUAUGGGUUACCCAACUCCCUCUCUUACCUCGGUACAUCUGAAUGUCCAUUGUUGAAACCACGUUGCCAAAGGGAAAAAGGCGAAUAUUGGCCCAACAUUUCCCGAAUCCCCCACAUACAGCUCCUCGGUGAAGACAUCUUAAACUUGGAAGGGCUCUCAAGAGAAAGUCUAUGCCCUGGUUGCCGUGAUAGGGACAACUUGCUUGGUGUAUUCGGCGGAACCUGCUGAAAGUGCCGUUCAAAAUGGUGGAAAUCCUGGUGAGUCUCAUUGUCACAUAUGCUUUAUUCACUCUUUGUUUUUAUUUAUUUAUUUAUUUAUUUUUUUAUAUUUGUCUGCUAUUGUAUAAUUGUGUAGUUUCAUUAUGAUUGGGUUACAUAACAAAGUUGUUUCUUUGUAAUUGGCAGGCUCUUUUAGCUUUACACUAUACCAAAUACAUCCUUCAUAAAUCAUGUUACAAAAUUACAUGAAGGUAUCAUGUAAUAAAAUUAUUGAAGAUAGAAAUCAAUAGAUGCUCUGUGAUCUUGAAAUCUUGGUUGGGAGUAUUGACUGGCAACAUUAUUUUGCUGACAUUUGCUGGAAAUGUCAUUAGCUUUUUGCAAGGAGUGAUGCAUUAAUUUUUUUAGGUGUUACUAUUUUAGUAAGAGACACAUCCACAUUCCGAUUGGGACCUGAACCCUGCACCUCUCCUUUUGGUGAGGGCAGGACAUACAACUCAAACUAAAGACUGGUGGCAAGCUGUUGUGUUAGUACAUGUCAUAAGUUUAUUACAAACCUGUACUUAUUUGCUCGAGAUUUUCUUUUCAUUUAGUUUGUUCACACUCGUUCACUAUUCUAAGUUGCGCUUUAGCUUAAUUUCUGAGCAACACUGAGCCUGAUUUCAUUGAGCUAUUGAAAGAAGGUAGUUAUUCUUAGCUGCCAUUAUGUGUCCCCUUGAGAGUCUUACCAAAGAAGUCUUCAGAGUAGAGGAAACCAAUGAGCAGGUUGUGGUUAAAGCCAGUUUAUGGUUUUGACAAUCUAAAAGCAUCUCAAUCUUUGCAAAAAUAUUGUCUUCUCGUGUGUUUGAUCAAAUAUCUAAAUAAUUGAAAUAUUUUUGGGGAUCUUCAUAUGAACUAAGAAAUGCCCAAGUUACAUGGAAUAGAUUAGGUUUUAGCUGCUAUAUUCUAAGGUGUUGAAUUAGUCAGAUCUUGAAGCAUAGGAGAUGGGGACAUGAUGCAUUGCCGAUCUAAAUUAGGAAAGUGAAAGCCAGCUAGGAAUUCAUUGUGAACUAAGAAUCUGUUUUCAUUCUUGUAUAACAUGCCUAUUGGCUAAAUUUUGUGUUGGGCAUGUUAAUGAUGUUGUUUUGUGCCUAACAUGGGUAUUUUAGGCAUUUUAAAAUGCCUAUUGAUCAUAGGCAUGCGUUGAUAUGUUAAUGAAUAGGUUAUGCUCAGGUUUCUGAAUAGGCUAGAGAUUGGUUGACCCAGCUUAGACAAGUUUCAGUGCUAGCUGAACUUGGGAAAAGUCUGAGCAGUUUAACCAAACUAGAGAUGAACACAUCUUGGAUGUUUCAAUGAUGCGUUUAAUUUUAUUUUCUUAUCAGUAGGUAGCCCAUGAACUCAUACAUGAUAUCGUGGAUGUCAUUGCAUUGCUUCUUCUGGAAUUGUGCAGAUUAAUAAAACUUGAAAGGUUGAAAAUAGAGGAAUGUCAGAGCCCUGUGUCAUUUCCGGAGAUGGGAUUGCCGCCGAUGCUUAAGACUCUGGAUAUUAAAGGAUGCAAUUCUCUACAGUCCCUACCACUACCAGAGGGGAUGAAAAUGAUGCCUAUUGGUGGUUUACAUCCUGCUCCAUUGAAAACACUUGACAUAUGGAACUGUAGGAGUUUAUUAGAGUUUCCCAUAUCAAGCAAACAGAUGUAGCAUUACCACACGUCCAUUGAAGUUUUGGAGAUAUGCGGCUGUGAUCUUCUCCAAUCGUUGUCAGUAUGUUUCUUUCCAAAGUUUCACUCUCUGAAGAUUUUAGGGUGUGUAAAUUUUGUAACGCUUUCAAUUCCAGAGGACAAAGAGCUUUAAAAUCUGAUGCAUCUUAGGAUGUGAAAUUUCAUGUGUUGAUGUGCAUUUUAAACCUUUUCGGAAUACCACUAAAUAAAUAGAAAAGAAAUCUAUUUUGUUAAGGUAAAAUUUAUAUUCUUUGACAUGAAUCAUAUCUUCUUCUUUUUUCCAAGUCAUGUUUAGAAAUAGUUUGAAUCUUUUCUGCUAAACUCAGAUGAUGGUAUGAGUGUUUUCUGACUGCCAAAGAAAGUUAAAGAACUUGCCAAAUAAAUUUGGGGAGAAGCAAUACCCUUGCUGAAUUUGGUGAUUUCCAUCCAGAAGAUGUGAUGAUUCUUGCGAAUAAGUCAUCUGUAGGAAUGAAACCAAAAACUGAUGCGACACCCAUAUUUAAGAAAGAGUCAUUACUUCUUAGUCUUUGGCGCCAUCUACGAACCAAAUGGACCAGACUCUUGCAAGAAGCACAAGAAUCAGGAGCCAAUGUUCUUUUGUGGACCGAAAUGUUCUUUUGUACAUUUUGAAAGGGUCAGUGACUUGCCUGAUAAUUAAGAUGAAGCCAACAAGCUGUUUAAUUUACGAGUUCUUUAAUUCGGGUACUUCAGUCUUUGUUCUUCUACUUUCUCAUAAGAAGGAACUGCUUGGUUGAUCUCUCUUUGCAGCAGGGUGGAUGUUUAUACAUUACAGCUAAUUCAUUUCAAGCUUUCAUGAGUUGUCAUUUAAAUGUUAUUCUGUUGUACAAUGAAUUUCCACAUCAUUUAUGAAUGAACCUUGUUGCAUUGUCGCAAGAUUUAACCAUGAUAGCAGAUCUAUGCAUUUUCGGGGUGACAUUUUUGAGUAAAGAUUAGAUUUCGGGAUGAAUGUUAACACCUCGUUGGGUAUAUGCUAUAGUUUUCGUUAGCAGGCCAGAAAGAGUUGAAUAUGUAUGAGU